AUGGCCCCAAUCCCUGUAACUGUCUACUACUCCCCCGUCUCCCUCGCCUCGUACAUGCUGCAGUAUACGCUGGCAAUUCGGGGCGCCCCAACGAACCCCGAAGAUGAAAUCACAAUCGAGGAGAAAGAAGUCGAUAUCCAUUUCAAACUCGAACAGUUGAGUGAAUUCUACCUUUUAAACGUGAAUCCCAAGGGAAAAGUCCCCGCCCUAACAUCCCCCUCUCCCAACAUCCCCUCCCCCCUCCCCGACAGCCUCGCCAUCACAAACCUCUUCGCCCAACGCUUCCCCGCCCUCAAACCUCCCGGCUACGAAGCGCAGAUCGACGACAUCCUGCACCGAAUCCACGCGCCCCUGCCGUAUUUCAUCCUCUCGUUUGGGGGCGGGCAUCCGGCGGACCAUGUGCCGAAGGGGUUUGAGCCGGCGAUUCGGGCGUUGUUGGAGAAGGGGGAGGUGCAGGGGAAUGGGGGGUAUAGGAGGGCGUUGGAGGGGAAGCUUUCUUUACACACCGGCACAGACCUCAACACCCUCUUCGGCCCGGAAUCCGUCCGACAAGCCGAGAAGGAAAUGCGGAGGUUCCUGGAGUAUGUUGAUGAGAAGUUGCCUUCGACGGAAGGGUGGCUGUUUGGGUUGGAGCGGCCUAGUGCGGCGGAUGCGCAUGUUGUUGCGCUGGCGGUGCGGUUGUGUGAUGUGGGGAGGGAGGGGUUGUUGCCGGAGAAGGUGAGGGGGUAUGUGGAGAGGGCGAGGGGGACGGAGGAGUGGAGGGGGGUGAUGGGGGGUUUGGAGACGACGAUGUGUCAGGGGUAG